AUGCUCGUACUGGACGUUCUGCGGCAGGCACACUGUGAUCGUGCAUCAGUAGAACCCGUUAGAAUGUCUUUAGCAAAUUGUUGUAAUACUUGUUCUUUGUUGUUUUCAUGUUUAAUCUUCGUUCUUGAUGUAAAGCUGCGAUAUAUUCAUUCCGAAAAAUGUACAAUGACAGUGAUGCAUAGAAAACGAUUGCAACAACGUAGAAGUAUGGCUAGAAUAUGA